GUCCACGACUUCCCAGGUUAUUGGUCCAAAUCAGCAUCUCAUCGUCCAGAUCGUAAACCUUGUAUACAAAACCUCCUACCCACUAUCGUUCAAGGCCGCCCGUCAUGUCCGGUCAUUUUCGCAGCAUUCCUGUACAGGUCUCGCAAGAGUUUCCUCAACUUCCACAGUUCUCCGGGUUUAUGAAACCAUGUCGAUUCGAAGGAGAAAUCCAUAAUCUGGAGGUUCACGGGUCAAUUCCCGCCGACAUUGAUGGCACCUUCUACCGCGUUAUGCCAGAUCCACAUUUUCCUCCUACCGUUGAGAACGACCCGUGGUUCAACGGAGAUGGGAAUGUCAGUGCGUUCAACAUAAAGGCGGGGAGAGUUCACUUCAAGCAACGAUACGUGCGCACCGAAAAAUUUCUGAGAGAGAAGGAAGCGCAGCGCGCGCUCUUGGGAAAAUAUCGCAACAAGUACACAGACGCGGUCGAAUUCAAAGUCCGCAGCACUGCCAAUACCAAUGUAUUCUAUUUCAAUGGGAAGUUGCUUGCGUGCAAGGAGGAUUCGCCACCAUAUGCGAUGAAUCCAGAAACUCUUGAGACCGUCGGUCUGUGGGAUUUCGAUGGACAGCUUCCCAGCGUGACAUUUUCAGCGCACCCGAAGAUCGACCCUAUCACCAAAGAACUGAUAUCCUUCGGAUACGAAGCCAAGGGGGAUGGCACUCCUGACAUCUGUUAUUACACCGUUAGUCCGGACGGCAUAUUCACAGAAGUCGUAUGGAUGACCGCGCCUGUCCUCGCCAUGAUUCACGAUUUUGCUGUCACGCAAAAUUAUGUCAUCUUCCCUCUGAUACCGCAAACUUGCGAUGUUAAUCGUAUGAAGCAAGGUGGAGAGCAUUGGCGAUGGGACCCUGAAAUUCCUUUCUAUAUUGGAGUGCUCCCUCGUCGAGGGGCCAAAGGUUCCGACAUCAAGUGGUUUCGGGCUCCAAACGCUUUCCCAGGUCAUACCUCGAAUGCAUAUGAGACCCCGGAUGGUGAUAUCUUGUUCGAGCUGCCAAUUAGCGACAAAAACGUCUUCUUCUGGUGGCCAGAUGCCCAAGGCAAUGCCCCCGACCCACACCAGAUUACUUCCAAUCUCGCGCAAUUCAUCAUCAAUCCAAAUUCAGAGGACAUGAAGUUGUCACCCACGUAUGUUCUCAAGGAAGACGUCGAGUUUCCUCGCGUCGAUGACAGAGUCUCCAUGUCAAAGCACCGCGACGUGUUCUGCCUCUUGAUGGAUCCGGCCCUGGGUACUGACUUCCCUUCUAUCGCACCGGUCAUGGGCGGUGGAUACCCGCCGUACAACUCGGUAGCACACUACAACAGUCUGACUGGUGAAUGCGUCAAGUACUUCGCUGGGAAAACCCAUUUGAUGCAGGAACCUGUGUUCAUCCCUCGUGCUGGAGGUUCCGAAGGUGACGGCUGGAUAUUACUCCUGGUCAACAACUACGGUCAGAUGGCAAGCGAGCUUCAUCUGGUUGACACCAGGGAUUUCUCGAAGGCUCAAGCUAUCAUAUCGCUCCCCGUUCGACUACGAGCCGGGUUACAUGGGAACUGGGUCGAUGGUCAGGAUUUGCAAUUGAUCGAGAAUUAGGCAGCCACAUCAAUAGCAGCAUCGAACAUUUUAUAUCCAUAUACCCUAUUGGAAAAGAUGAAUAGGUUUCGGAAGUUUGAUAUAAAAUUCUAUCACGGCAUUGUUGGCAUUUGCAGAUUGUUGAACACAAACAUGUCGAAUUCUGAUAAGGAAAGACUUUGAAGCAC